AUGGCGGUUAAACCACGAACAGACCGACCCGUCGCCGUAAUCGGCGGCGGCGUCCUCGGCCGACGCAUAGGCUGCAUCUUCAUCGCAGCCGGCUACCACGUCCACAUAAACGACUUCUCAGAAGUCGCCCUCCGCGACGCAGCCGAGUACAUCGACACACACAAAGCCGAGUUCUCACUGAUGCCACGAAUCCACAAAGAGCGAGAAGAUAUCAAGAACAGCGCAGGCAAGAUCACAGGCUCUGACGUCGAGACCUCAAUCACGCAAGUAGACCUUGAAUCGUCGACGACAGCACCCUUCGGAAUCUGCAAGACGUUUACGGAGCUUGAGCCUGCGGUUAGCAAUUCAUGGCUGGUUAUCGAGGCUGUGCCUGAGUUGCUGGAUUUGAAGAUUGAUACCUUUGCUGAGAUGGAUCGACUUGCUCCGGCGGAUUGUAUGCUUGGGUCGAAUAGCUCGUCGUUUAAAUCGAGUUUGUUGCUUGAGAAGGUUUCGGAGGGGCAGAAGAAGGGUGUUUUCAAUAUUCAUUUCGCUAUGCCGCCGGCUAUUCGGACGGUUGAGAUGAUGACUUGUGGCGAGACGGAUCAUGGGAUCUUUGAGUAUAUGGAGGAUGUGUUGGGCGAGUGUGGGAUGUUACCCGUGACAGCACGGGUCGAGUCAACUGGAUUCAUCUUCAACCGGCUGUGGGCGGCUAUCAAGCGCGAGAUCAUGAAUAUACUUUCCGAAGGCGUCAGCGAUCCGGGCGAAAUCGAUCUCCUCUGGGAACAUAUGUUCAAAAAUGGCCCAUUGCCUUGCCAACUGAUGGAUCAGAUCGGACUCGACACUGUCGCAUACAUUGAAGACAAUUACAUUCGCGAAAGGGGGUGUUCGUCCUCGACAGUCGAAUGGCUGCGCAGGGAAUAUAUUGCUCAAGAGCGCGUGGGCAAGAAGUGUGCAAAGGGAGGUCUUUACCCACCUCUAUCGAAGUCCUCAUCCGCGGAGAAAACCCCAGCGAACCCACACAGUGCCGCGAAAGACAUCUACGUUCUUGACGUCGGGCUAGGAGGGAACGUCAAAGAUGUCUCGCAGGUGCAUUCGAAUGGAAAAGUCCUGCGGCUGAAUCCAGCCACGCAAAAACUGACGCCUGUCAUGGUAGGGCAGAAUCAGCCUGACGGGAUUGAUGCAUCGCUUGCGACACAGCGCAUCUUCUGGACGAAUAUGGGCCGCAGCACAGCGUCCGUUGAUGGAUCUGUUUGGUCAUCUGAUAUGGAGGGUGGGCAUGUGAGAUGUCUCAUUGCGAUUGGGGAUGUGCACACGCCCAAGCAGAUAGCAGCUGUUGAGUCCAGGAAGCAGUUGUAUUUUUGUGAUCGCGAGGGUACGAGCGUGCAUCGAUGCAAUUACGAUGGAAGCAACCAUGAAAUCAUCGUUCAGCGACGCAUUGAUCCUGAAUCUACGCUGUUGGAUCAGAUGACGCUGUGGUGUGUGGGUGUUGCUAUUGACGCCGAGCGCAAUUUGAUGUAUUGGACGCAGAAGGGGCCUAGCAAGGGGGUCGGGGACGGAUCUUUGUGGCGGGUUUGGACAUUCCGCCCGAUGCCGGAGCCAAUUGAUAUUGAAAUUGACAGCGCCACGCAGACGCUAUACUGGACAGAUCGCGGUGAGCACCCGAUGGGGUGUACGUUAAAUCGCGCCUAUGUGGGUGGCGAGGAGAUUGACAUGGAGAAGGUCAUUCUCGCGCGGCAUUUCCAUGAGCCGAUUGGGCUGAAGCUGGACAAAGUCAACAACAUUGUGUACGUGGCUGACUUGGGGGGGUAG